UCCCCGCCUACCUCAGAAGCAACGCGUCCACCUCCCCAGCUUCAGUUACCUCCUCCUCCUCCACCCGACCCAACUCCUGUAGCAGCAACCCGCUCAGCUUCUCUCGGUGCUGUUACCUCCAUAAAUCGCAAUGAGAUUGAAGCUCUGUUGGCAAGCUGAUGAAUCUGGUACUAUAGACAAGAAAAAGAAAAGAGAAUCUGGUGUUGAAGGAACUCCUAAAUCUAGUCGCAAAGAGCGGAAAACAGAUGUCAAUUCACAUGAGGUGGGAAGUGUUCGCAAGCCACCGGCUGGGCCGGAUGGCGACACAAGUGAGCGGAAAAAGAGUGUUAAGAAGCGAGACCCAGCUAUGGAGGGUGACACAUCUGAAAAAAGUGAACGUUCAGAGCGUAAGAAAAGUGUUAAGAAGCGUGAACCUAUUGUUGAUGGUGAUGCUAGUGAUUUAAGUGAGAAGUCUGAAAGAAGAAAGAGUGUGAAGAAGCGGGAAACUUCAGCAGAAAAAGAUACUAGUGAGAGUGACAGGUUAGAAAGAAAGAAGAGUGUUAAAAAGAGAGAACCAUCAGUAACUAGAGAAUCCAGUGAGGAUAAAUCAGAAAAAAGAAAAAGUGUGAAAAAGAAAGAGCCUUUAAAAGAAAAGAGUUCUAGCAAGACAGGUAGUGAAAGUGUAACAGAACCCUCAGCUGUGAUAAAUGGGGAGAAGUAUGAAGCGGGUAAAUCAAAGGACACACAGAUAGAGUCUCUAGAGGACCAAUCAUUGAGUCUGAGUUUAAAGCCACCACUGCCUAAGGACCAAGUAAUAGAGAAGGGGAAGCCCUCUACCAAAGAUGUAGCAUUGCCGAAAAGUAGCAGUAGAGGUGAAAAGGAGGAUGUGGUUACAGAGCAGCCAGAGCCCAUGGAAGUAGAGUCAGCCACUCCUACACUGUCUGUGAGUGCCCCAGGCCCCACCAAGACAUCAGGGAGUGCAAAGUCAAUCGGAUCUGUUGCCUCAAAUGAGGGCACCCUGAAGGCAUCAGACUCCUCAUUAUCUAGAGAAUCUGUCAGUCCAAUGAAGUGUGAUGCAGCGUUGGCUCCCAUACCUCAGGAAACACCUAAGAAAUCGAAAUCUCCAUCUCCAAGCCAGACUCCAAAGGUGUCUGAUGCAAGGAAAAGCCUUUGAGCAAAAACCAGCAGAUAAGCCAAGUGUCAUCCUGAGGAAGAAGCCAGUAACAGAAUCUUUGCCAUCAUCACCAACAAACAAAGACACUCCUACAUUGGCCACAACGCAGUCUGGACCAAUUGUAUCAGAAGAGGGAGUCAAGGGACUGAAGCCUUCCACAGAAGGUACAACAGUGGAUCUGAGGAAAGACAAAACUCCAGUCAAGGAAACAACCUCAAAAACAGAUGCUGAAAGGGAGAAAUCACCCAGGGUGGUUGCCAAAGAACCUGCUAAGGCUAAGGAAAUUGCAAAGACGGAAUCUCCCAAACCGGAAAUAUCAAAAGUUAAGUCACCACAGCCUGAAAAGGUUGAUCAGAUCCCUGUUGCUGCAGCAACAGACAAGCCACGGGUUGGUGCUGAUGAAAAGUUGGUCACUACGAAGACUCCCACUCAUACCCUAGAGGUAAGUCCUCGGGAAAUGGUGACAAGCUCUGAAGAGGAAGAGGCUGUUGUAGUGGGUGGUCUAAACUUGAAACUUGGUGGUGUGGGUAAAAUAUCAGAAGUAGGGACUAAGCAAGAAUUGCGAAAGGCAGAGUCAUCAGACUCCUCGGACUCAGAAUCGGAGGCAGAAAAACUCCUCAAGCUUUUGUCAGAGAAGCGAGAAAAGGUGGAAGCUGCAAGGAGAGAGAAGCUACGCAAGGUGUCCGAAGCCAAAGAGCGAGAGAUCAAGAAAGAUAUGCCAUCCAUCAAGGAAGAACCCCAGUCUAAAUCUCCCUCAAAAUCCCCCUCUAAAUCUCCUUCUAAAUCCCCUGAGAUCAUCACCAAGCCAGAACCAAAGGAAAUGGUAGAACCGAAGGAAACGCCUCCAGAGCAGAAGUUUGCCACGUUGCCACGAGGAUUCAAAGCAAAAGCCCCAGCAUCCGCUGCGUCAAGCUUAGUGUCAGAAAAGGAGCGCUCUAGAUUACAACCUUCAGAUAAACUUUUAAAGGACAAUGCCAUCAAUGAAGAAAUAGAAGGCAUGAUGUCUGCCAUUAAGGCAGUGGAUCGGGCAAUAACACAGGAAGAAAAGGAAAUCAAGAUUCUCCGUGAUUCAUUGGCACGAAAUCUGCCAGAAAGUGUAGAGAGUGAGGAGGUGAAGCCCCGUGAGCAAUCCCCCUCACAGCAAGUGCAACGGCCCCCAGUAGUUAAGGAGGUCCAAGCCAUUCCACCUGAACAGGUUCUUGCGCCCACGCCACGGGACGAGCCAGAAACUUCCACCCCUUCAGUUCCUAUUGUGCGGCAGGUUAGGAUAGAGACCAGCCCAUGCGUAAUGCGUCCUGCUACACUUGUGGUGUCGGGGCCUCCCGGCAGGGCUCCGGGGACGCCGGGAAGGAUCCCAGAGCAACAAAAAAUGCUGGACGCUGAUCGCAAAAAGUCUGAGAUGGAGAUCAUUCUCAACAAGAAGAAGCCUGAGGAACAGGAUCCUAAAAUAAAAAGCAAGAGAUCUUCCUAUGCAGAGAUCCAGCUCACCUCCCCUACCACCAAAGAGGCACCGAAACAGGAGUUCAAAACAGAAGUCCGCCAUAAUGUAGUACCUUCUCGUGGAGCCGGAGAGGCACAGUUGCAGAGAGCUAAGCGAGAGCGCAUUAUUCCAAUCAUGCUAGAGGAUGACGAUGAUGACGACGACCGCACUACCAGCGAGAGCCUUUCUCAUAGUGAGAGACCCAUAGGAACCUCAUCAACCACAGGCUCACGUGUCACGUCUCCACUUCCCUCGCAGCCUUCUCUUACACGUGCUGCCGAAUCUCGUCCUACAUUUAAUGCCUCACCUGAAUCUCUAAGGAAAUCCCGUCGUGAGAGGAUCAUCCCUAUUGCAGUGGAAGGUGAAGGCAUCGUCACCCCUCCGCCCCAUAUAGAAGAGGCGGCGGAACUGGGUGCUGCCCGGGCCCACCAAGCUUUCUCUCGCACAAUGGCAGGUCGACCAAACACUCUCAACAGUGGGAAGGUGGAAGGUGAAGGGGACACAGGACCAAUAUCCCUCACCAGCUCUCUGUCGGGUCCUCCUCCUGUUUCUCGUAGGACCCCUGUAGACCACUCCUCCACUCCCACGUGGCAGCGCCGGCUGUCCCACACUAACAGUCGAGGACGAGGCUUCCUUCUGGACCACAGUGAAAGCUUCAGUUCAGCGGGAGAAGAGGAAGAGGAGGAUGAAGACGACGGUUUCCAGAUUCUCACAGCAGAGUCACUCUUUUCAACAUUGCUCAACCGCGUGCGCUCACUCACCAGGAAGAUGAAUGCAGAUGACAUGCGAAGUGAUAGAGCCAGACGACUGUCAAACCAACCUACACCUGAGCCAGGCACAGCACCAAGCAGUGCAGGGAUCGGAACAGCCCACUCAAAUUCUUCAGGCUUCUGGUCAUCACUUUAUAAUUCACCGCGGGACUCACCUGCAAGGAGAAUCUCAGAGACGAUGUCACGCAGUAGCCUGGGUCGCGACGAUGAUACAUUUGGAGGGAUCAGUUCACCCCUCUGGACCCGUAGUGUUUCACGUGACACCUCAGAUGCUGAUACUUUGUUCUCAGAAGCUUCCACACCAUUUGGUACACUGCCGAGAGGAUGGCGAGCGCCAAGAUGGUCUGGAGCAGAGGACGGAGGGGAAUCUGAUACAUCUGAGGCUUCUGCGCGAUCACUAGGUCGCCGCCCACAGUAUUCCCGUGCACCUUCCAGGGAACUCCAUAACAUCCCUGACGAGGAACUAGGGUUGCUGGGUGGGCGUGCAUACUCUGGAGGAGGCAUGUCCCUUCCCCGCCCCUACCCAGGAACGAGCAGUGGCCUUACAUCACAAGGCAGAAUGAUGCAUGAUUCAGCAGACAGAAUAGCAUCUAUGUACGGCACACUGAGAGGGCCUCAUCGCCGUCCACACUCCACUGUGGGCGGCCAUCCGGGGGAAGCUUUAGGGAGGGAUGGUGGGCACUGUGAGCGCCAGUCAACCAAUGGCUCUGCUGCUCACACAGGCGUGCACUCUAACCAGCGCGCCUCACAGCUUUCCCCCAGUGGCUCUACAGUACAAUCACCUGAGGACACAGAAGCUCUCAAGCAGAGCGUGCAGGAGCAGCUCCAACAGUUGGUUCGAGAGCUGGAGGCAGGAGAAGAUCAGUUGCCUCUUGGGCCACAACCACCGCCUCCACCGGAGCACCCGCAGCCCCUUCAACAGGGUUACUUGCCUCCUUCAGUCAAAGCUUUGGUAUCUCCUCCUGGCACACCUAUGUUCACACCACCUACUACACCCUUGCAGUCACAAAAUACACUGCCAGGCUCUUUAGAAACACAGACACUGCCCCAAGAAACAACCCCAUACAGUACACCCACACCGUCUCUCUCUCAGUUCCCGAUUUCCCCUACAUCACCAGUCCAAAGCAUCCAGUCACCCCUCACUACCCCAUCCCCUCUCCCACAAGUUCACUUUCGUUCCCAUAGUGAUGAUGCCGCUGCUCAUGGGAGAGCAACUGGUACAAAUGUUAAAAACAAUCUCACUAAUAGCACAGUACCGAAGCAAGGUCAUAAAGUUGUUAGCCAAGGAAGUGGCCCUACCCUAAGAACUGAGGGAGGGGGGCAAGAUAGAACAUCCCGGGGGCUUCUGACACGGAUUGGAGGCAAUGAGCAGGUUGGUUAUAAUGCAAUCCUAGACAUCAGUAGAGAGAGAGCCACAAGCCCUGCCAGCAGUGAUAGUGCCGAGUUUGGUCAUGUGAAACGUGUUUCAUCCAACAAUGAGGAAUGGCUCAAGCCCGCUGGGGCAGUUGUGCGGAAUGUUGAUAAUACAGCCUUAGAAGCUUACCGACGUUCACGUGGAAAGGGUGAUGUACUGGAAUAUCAGAGAGGAAAAUCUGAAGACCUGCGGCACACACUGGACUCUUUAGAAAGACUGGAAAACCAAAAAAGUAGGAUCACACCUUCCCGCCCAUCAUUUUGCCGGGACCCACCAUUAGAUGAAGCGACAUACUCUAAUAUCGGAGACUUUAACCGGACAAACUCCGGAACACCAGCCAUGACAGCUGCUAAUCUUCAGUUGCAUAACCAGUUAGUGGCUGCAAAUUCUGCUAACUCAAGCAUAAAUAACACAGACCCUACAAACACAAAUACCACUGGUUCUGCAAACACUCUUGGUAGAGCAAACAAUAACAUCAGUGCUUCUAAUGACCAGAACAAUAACAAUGGUUUGCCUACUAGUCGCUCUGCCAGUGGCAUCCCAGUCAAGAGCAACAGUCGUGGCAGCCUCAGCACACGCAGCAGUUUCAGUGGAAAUAGUAUUAGCGGAACAAAGCCUGGGGAGUUGCUCCAACCUAAAACAUACAGGCGUAGCAAAUCCAAAGAACUGACUCCGGCCAUUGAAGCUGCUGGGGAGAAACUCAGCCAACUAAAUUCGGGGACUCUGAAGAAGAUAUCACCAUUUGAGGCAUACAGGCGCACUAAGUCUCGUGAACUGCCACUGGAAACGGUGAACCGUGACACCAGAAUAAAAUCUCCUCCACCAGCAGGACCAGAACGAGCAAAAUCUCCUUUCGAAAGGGCAAGGUCAUCCAUUGAAAAGAAGUUCGAGCGGGCCAAAUCACCAAUAGCAGAACGAGCUGCUAACCGUAAAAGUGAUUUUCCUGCCGGUAAAGCUCCAGUGUCUCCAGUUCUGAAUCGAUCAUCAAAUAUCGUAAAGGAUGAAGACCGUCUAGCAGAAACUACAAAAAUACCAGAGUUAGAAAAUGUUCAAGUCUCAGAGAGAAAUAAAGAAAUAGCCGAAGGAUAACAAAGUCAAGAAGACAUCAUCAUGUGAUCCUGAGAAACCUAAAUCUAUGUAUAAAUUGCUUGCUUCACGUUUCAAUCGUUCAGGAUCCAAUGUCCCAGAUUCAAGUGUGCGCUCAACCACAGACAAACGUUCAGAGGAUGAAGACGUGAGUGAGAAAGAGGACAAAUUCCAUCUUAAGAGACCUUCACGUUUCCUCAAGCACAAGACAGAAAAGAGCUCAUCUAAGUCGAGCGUGUGUGAUGAAGAUGGUUCGGAACGCCUUGAGAGGAAGCCAUCCAAGAAGCUUACAGACGCUCUUAACAAAUUUUUAGGACGCAAGGAAUCCAAGGGAGAAGAACCGCGUGCUGGCACAAACACAUUACAACACCCAAGUGUUUUAGUAACAGGCACUGAGGAAGAAUUUCCCAAAAAGCCUCCACGAGUAAAGCCUAAGAAAUUCUCAAAGAGUCAUGAGAAUCUGUGCCUGUCAAGUGUAGCAGAAGGAGGUGAGAUAGUAACGGAUCCACAGCAAGCUGACAAAAUGCAGACUGCUGCUCAACAAGUAGCUGCAGCCACUUCUCAGCCUGGUUUUACCCUUGAAUCUGUCACAAAAAGUAUUUGUGACCACCUUUCUCAACUAGAGAGUGAUAUUACUUCACGCAUUGGGAACAUGGGAGUGCAGGAGCAAGGUACUGUAGUACGGCCCACAGGAACACCCUGCCGUCUUCCUACAGCUUCUUCUGUACCAUCUCUUACCACCUACGGACUUUCACCAGCACUGGCCAGUCGCCGCAGUGCAAGACCUACCAACCUAGACUUAGCUGCAGCAGGUAUCGACAAUCAUAAGGCCACACAAUCAUCACAGGCGCAUACAGUCACAACUGCCAGCAAGGACAGCAACCACAUUCCCAUAAGUGAGAGUGAAGGAGUUAAGUAUGCACAAAUUAAAAGACUUGGAAGUGGCACAGGGGAAGUGGCCCCCUCAGAGGAUGGGAGUCAAACCCCCACAGAGUCAGGUGAGUCUACAACGUCUGGCCCUGAUGACCAAAGGGGUGUCAGUGAGAAUGAUGAUGAGAGUGUAAUGGACAGGAUCACCAGGAAGAGUUACUAUUCACGUUUCCAAGAGAUUAAGAAGAAGCCAAAACUGAGACGAGCCAACACCAAGGAAGACAUGGACCAGCAGCUAGCAGCAGCAAAGGCUCGACUCAUGAAGGAGGACCAGGAGCGUGCAAUGAGAGAUACCCUCAGUCCCCAUAAGUAUACCUCCCCCCUUGGUUCCCCUAGAGCCAAUGUUACGUCACCCCCUGCAUGGGAGAACCCUCGCCGUCACUCUCGCAAGUCUUUACCUCCAGAAGAUCUGAGUCAGACCUAUUCAGGUGGACGCCGGGGUGCUUCUCUGCAGCCAGAUGACCUGCCUGGCAUCCGCCGCUUGACCUCUGUCCAACCACCAGACAUGGCCAUGGGAGUCAAGCGUCGUCUCCCCUCCAUGCCUCCUGAUGAGCGCGUCCGUUCCUUCCGUGCCCCAUCUACACCUAGGGAGUCUCUCUCAGGUCGUCGUGUAAAAUCCAUCCCACCAGAAGACAAAAUGUAUGGCCAACGUGCACCAUCAACUCAACCCGAGGACAUCAGAGGACCAUCUCCUGCUAAGAGCCCUGAGGUAAAGGCUAAUGAUAGUAAUGCCAUGCCUGAUGUUUGCAGCUUCAGACGGAACAAAGGAGAGAGGUAAGUCCAAAUCUAGAGAGCCGUCUGUAAGUCGUUUGAAGAGUCCUGAACCCACGGAGUCCUGGAGUAGUGCCAAGGAUGAGACUCGCACUCAGGCCCGUGAGGAACUCUCUCGUCGUCUCACUCACCUAACACGCAUCUCUGGCACAAGUGGGAUAGCAGCAGCUAAAAGAAAUGUUGGUCUGGCAGGAGGCAAUGCAAGUGAUGGAGCUGGCAUUCGGCCAUACCGACGCACCAACACUACUGGACUUCUGGGAGAGCCUACUUCUACUACCCAAUCAGGAACCAGCACCAGCACUGGCAAGACUCUUACGGAGAGACCUGCAUAUCGCCGCACAAACACAAUGGACCUCCCACCUGCAGAUGCAAGAGCACGGCCUGGGAGUGAAUACAGGAGGAUGCUUCAGGACCCUGCUCGUCGCUACUCUGCCGCCAGAUGUCCUGGAAGUGAUGGCACCCCUGCCAGGUGGCCUCCUCCCGUCCUCCAGCGCAUGGCCCGGGUUGGGCUUACUGGAUUGGUCUUCCUACAAGAGACACUCGUGGAAGAUGAGGCUCUCAACACUACCCCAACCCGUACCACCUCUCGUCUAACUUCGCCGACACCCCAGAGUUCGACCUCCUCCAGCUACAGAAACUACUCCACCUUGGAUUCUCCGAGAUACUCCAAUGCAUCCUCCUCCAUCACACCAUUGUCACGCAGAACAUCUUUCUAUCGAUAUUAAAAUACUGUAUGGUUUCUUCAACAAGUUACAUAUCUUGUUCAUUGAAGUUAUUUUGGAAUUUCUUUUUUCAAGAAAAUGAGGGAUAGAUUUUGUUUUAAAAAAUCAAUAAAAGUGAGACACUGUCAUCCAAAACUUUUACUCUGGUGUACUUACUAUAUUCUUCCCAGUAUUUCACUGCAAGCCUAUUUUUACAUAUUAAUAUUUCCUAAAUAAGUUCUGUCAAUAAACUUUUACCAUAAAUUAUUCCAUAGGGUAUUUUCCAUUUUUGUAUGGAAUGCCAUUGCCUGAAGAUAAAUAAAAGGGAGAAAAAGCAUUUUAAACAGAGAGUAACAUAAAGUGGACUUUUAUAUAUUCUAAAUGCUUCAUUUUAUACAUGCACAAGAAGGUACAUCUUACUUUGAAACACUAAUUAUGAGCUUUCUGUCACACUAUCAACAUCCUAUUUAACAAUCAAUUGUUUUUGUUUCAUUUCUAUUAUCGUCAGAUAUCCAUUUUCAGGUGUCUGCUUUUAUAAUGCUUGUUUUUUUUUUUGUAGAGAGGAAAGUUUGAACUGGUGCUAAUUUCUUGGGUGUUUAUAUGAAUGUCUCUUGUGUGAUAACCCACGAUUACUUUGCUGUACAUAAUGCAGUUAGCCAGAACACCAUUUCUACUAUAAUCAGCAUAAUCAAAAGCUGAAAAUUUAUUGCAACAGAAUCAGUCACUUCCAGUGUUACCAAGAUAAAUCCUAAAUACAUAUAUUCUACCUGCAGUCACACCCUCUGAAACAAGGAGGCCUCUCUGGAGCUCUUAUGAGUCCAAUCGAGGAGCUCCCCGUCAUAUUGUGCAGAACUGUCAGGUUGCUCUUCAUUCUCUUUUGAAAACAGGAUACAAGAUCAUUAACCAUUAUUGACCCUUAACAGACCAUAAUUAUUUAAAAUUUGUUUCUCCAUUGUCAUU